AUAUGGACUACCUUGGUUUCGGAUAUGUUGUGGGAUCGUGUCCUGUUAACCUAACGGGACAGAAUGAAGCAGCUUCCAAACUCAAGUGUAGCGUGGACAAAUUCGGGAAUGGUCAGUACCUCUGUGUUCCUAACUUCAAGAAGACAACCAUUGUUGAGUACUGCUACAACGGCACUGUGGGACUCCAAAUGCCAGGUUCCUGUUUGGUUGUAAAUGAUGAAGGAAUUGUAGAUGACGUCAGUUGUCGUAACUUCACAGAGGGCUGUACAACAACACACUUCAAGAGUUUUGAUCUCUAUAAGUAUCCAGCAUGUCAUCAAAUUAGCAGAAAAGACCGAUGUUUUUAUGCGGAUCCAAAAUGUCCCAAGACAGAUACAGAGAUGACAACAAGAAACAGUACACUUGUGGCAACCAAUGCAACAAUGAACGACACUGCUACUACACUUGAUUUUUCAAAUACAACCGUAAUAACAGAAACUGGUCAAAUUCCUGCAGGAGCAUUAGCAGCUUUUACUAUAGCAUUAUUUACGACACUUGCUAUCCUUCUCUUUAUAUACAUGAUAUACUUGUAUAAGAAAAGAAAAGGAAAGCCACCAGUCACAAACACAGAUAAAGAAAGUGUUCCUUUGGUAAUUGUGAGGGAAGAUUACUCCAAAG